CAGCCUCGCAGCACUGCCCCAAAGGUGCGAGUCUGCCUCGUCUCGCUGCUAAAGACGGCAACACCACGUAUCCCCUCGCCUGCCCGAUCAAGCGAACCGGCUCCGGGCGAUCCAUGGACCAACAGCAUGCGCAGGUGCGCGGGCGCUCGCCGUCGGCCACGUCUUCCGGCGGAGGUAUAAGGAAUGCGCACUCGCCUUCACCCGCUCGCUUCCCUAAUCCGAAUGGAGCUGGGAGCUCAUCCGUCGGUCUCGGUGUCGGCCUUGUCGACCCUUCCGUCCAGCAGUUCCCCGUGACGCAGCCCGACUUUGCGCCUUACGAGGCGAACGCCGUCGGCUUCCUUAGCAACCAGCAAUCUGCGCCACAGCCGUUCUCCCAGCCCGGCGCUGCAGACCCCUCCACCGUCCCUGCCUUCGAGUUGACCCAAGAUUUUGCCGACGGUGUCGAGGCGCACCCCUCCCCCUUCGGCGCCCAAACCCCGGCCAGUUUCCCGCCACAGUCGCAACAACAGCAACAAGCAGGUCUGCCUGCCCCGUCCUUCGGCGACGCCGACUUCACCAUCUUCCCGCCCUCGUCAGGCGAACCGCAGUUCAACACCCCGUUGUUUGCUGGCGAGAGCCAGCCGCAACUCUCCGCCGUCGAAUCAACCAUGAUGGCGCAAGCAAACCACAACCCGACCCCUCCUCACCUUCUCAACCCGGACGCGCAUCAACCCGGCUCCGCGAACCACUCCCCACGCUUUAAUCAGCACCAGUUCUCCCCCCCACCGGGACGGCACUCGAGGAAUGUAUCCCUCGGUCCGGAGGCGGCCCUCUUGCCGGGCCAGAUAGACUGGACCCACGCCGGACCUCAGUUUCAAGGACACAGACGCACCGCCUCGGAGUACUCAGACGUCUCCUCGGCUGCUCCUUCGCCCAACCUUGUCAGCUCAGACAACUUCGACCACCUCGAUCCGAGCCACUCUCCCAUGCAGCGGCCGCAUGACGCCGCGCUCUUCCAAGAGCUGCACGGAAUCGGGAGCUUCAGCAUCUCGGAUACCGCCGCGCGUAGUCCCAGCCAUGGAGCGCGGAGUCCAUCCCACAGCCCGGCCAUCUCGCCCCGUCUCCUACCGCAGCAGCCGCCCGAAAUGGGCCAGCAGGGCAACUUCUUGCUCGCGACCCAGAAUAAUAACUUCGGCACGUCGUCAUACCUACAGGGCCCCCAGGAGGCGUUCCCCCAGCUUCCCCAGGAAACCCCCGACCAGCCUCAGGGAACAGCGAUGCCGGCCCCGCCCUCCAUCAACAUUGACUUUGCGCCGACUUCCACCAAGAGUGGCUUCGAGCAACCAAAGAGUCUCGAUGUGGAUUCGUUGAGCCCACCAGAACGAGGCCGCCCUAGGAUAUCACGACCCCGUGCUGUGACCGAUCCUUACAACAGCAGCGGCGUGCUCCUCAACGUCCACCGCAGCGCUUCUGCCUCCGGGGGACUCUCGCCAGACUCUGCCGCCAGCGCUCGGUCAGAUUCGUCCCGCUCUCUCUCACCUCUUGACCGCGCAAGCAGCACUGCCUCGGCGGCCAGGAGACGCCAGUCCACGUCAGCGGUUCCCAACAACGUUAUGGCCCUUCGCCUCGCUGAUCCCGAUUACAACGGGGGCGGCGCUGCGGGCGAGGGCGGAAGUGGUGGCGCGAAGCGCGUGCAAAAACACCCGGCGACCUUUCAGUGUACCUUGUGUCCGAAGCGCUUCACGCGAGCAUACAACUUGCGAUCGCAUCUCCGGACCCAUACCGACGAGAGACCGUUUGUCUGCACCGUGUGCGGCAAGGCGUUUGCUCGCCAACAUGACCGCAAACGGCACGAGAGCCUCCAUUCGGGCGAAAAGAAGUUCGUUUGCAAGGGAGACUUGAAGAACGGCGGACAGUGGGGCUGCGGCCGGCGGUUCGCCCGCGCGGAUGCGCUUGGCCGUCACUUCCGGUCCGAGGCGGGCCGCAUCUGCAUCAAACCGCUGCUCGACGAGGAAAUAGCAGACCGGAUGAGGCAGUGGGAUGAGGACCGGAGGCAGCAGGCCCAGCAAGCCAUGGCUCAAGGCAUGGUCAUGCAGCCUCCGGGCAUGAUGAUGGCACCGGGCGUGGACCCGAACACCGGGUAUCCGGUGGAUGCCAGCGGCAAUUAUACGCUGCCGCAGGCGCUGCUGGCGCAGUAUCCUGCCCUUGCGCAGAUGAAUUGGUCGGCGGCUGACAUGGGCGGAAGCGGCAUCGAAGACGACCUAAGCGGCAGGAGUAGUUUCGACGCUAGUGACUACGACGACGCCGACGAAGGCGGCUAUGUCAGCGGGCCCGGCACCGGAUUUGGGCCGGGCGGGAUGCAGGAAAAUUUCGGCGAGAUGGGCUACGCCAGCGACUAUGGCGGGCGCUGAUUCCCUUCUUUCACCUGCCCUCUCCUCCGGCUUUUUUGUUCCCCUCCGUUCCUGGGCUCGGAACUUGUGGCAACCGGGUUCUCCAAGUUAUUUCCUCGUUAUGAGCGGAUUUUUUACCCGUUUUCUAAACGGACGGUAUCCUAAGCGUCAUAUUUUCUUCCCCUUCGUCUAUACCUACUUCUUCUUUGGGCUCUGCUUGUGUCCUGUCAGCGGCUGUUAUGGUUGCUUCUUGGGACGGUCGGGUACUGAUGACAUUCAUGAUCGGUCGGGAUCCGUGUUUUCCUUCGACGUUAGAUGGGAGGUCACUUCGGAGGCGGCACACAGGCGGCCCGGUAUUGCUGUUUGGAUGAUCUUUUAUGUAGACUGGGUAACCACUGCUUUAUAUAGACGCGCGGCCCUGCUUGCUCUUCCCAUCUUACAUUGCGGGCUGAGCCUUUCACUGAUGAUGAUGAUUACCAUAGCAGUGUAGCAGUGCUGCCAUUAGUAAUUCACUGGUGCCCCACGGGUUUCUCUGCCGAAUGUGUCCCAGUUAGU